GGAUCUAGAAUAGGCUCUGAUACCAUAUUAGAAAUUGGGAUGCCUAUACUCAACCACAAAAGCUAGCUCAAGAGUUGAGGUUUGCACAACCCUUAUAAACACUUGAUUGGCCUUAUCUCUAGCCAAUGUGGGACUUCUAACAGCUUGGCGAGGCUGAAACAGAGAGUGAGCAGAGAUGGCAGUAUUAGGAGAAAUGGAGAAGAUGAUCGCAGUGGGUCUAGUAUGGGGCGCCACAAACGCUAUCAUGCGCCGGGGUGCGCUUCUCUGGGACCAAGCUCUCAAAUCCUCCGCCGCAGCCAAGCCACCACCCUCCUCAACCACCUUCUUCCACAAAACCCUCUUCUCCCUCCGCAACUGGCUCAAGCUCCUCUCCAUCUGGCAAUACUCCAUCCCCUUCCUCAUCAAUCUCUCCGCCUCCGCCACCUUCUUCACCAUCCUCUCCGACGCCCCUCUCUCCCUCGCCGUCCCCGUCACCAACGCCACCACCUUCGCCGCCACCGCCAUCUUCGGUACCCUCCUCGGUGAACAAACUCACCUCCCUCGCGCUUUCUUUGGUACCGCUUUCAUCAUCCUCGGCAUUUCCCUCUGUAUCAACUCCUAGUUUACUAUUUUGCUUCUCUUAGCAUUCUCUAUUUCUUUCAUUUUCAUUUUACUCUUAUGUGUGCUUAGGGUUCAUUCAUGUUUGCAAAUUACUGUGUUCAUGAAAAUUUAUUCUUCCAUAUAUGAGAUAACUUGCCAUACAAAUCAGCAUUAUUCAGCUACAUGGUGUACAAGAAUGAAAUCACAAAGACAGUGACAAAUAGAGAACAUGAACAAGAGAAUUAAAUAAGUGAAUCUGAGCUGAGAAUCUUUGGUUUCGCGAUUUGCAAAGAAUCCAAUUCGCGUUUACUCGGACGAUAAGACUUGUUUAUUGAAGUUAAGACUUGUAGGUUGUAGCUUGUAACCAGUAGUGAUUCUGGAGAGUUUCAGCAUAUGUUUGUGAAGAGGAGAUUAGAAUUGUGUUUUGAAACAUUCCGGAGGGAUAUGUCCGUUGAAUCGCUUGGCGUCUGUGCAGUAGUCAUAGAUCAUGAAAUUCUUUCUGACCCAAUUCAACAGCCUCAUCUGGGCAUGAUUCAGCUGCUUGUGCACCGGAGAGUUCCACCAAUUUGCUGGUAUAUUGGAGGCACAUUGAUUGAUGCUCACUGCCCCAUUCCACUUGCAAGCCCUUGCUCUGAAAUGAUAAAAACUGGCCUUGAAUGGCGCACCUUUCCAGUUGGUCUUGACAUGCCCGCCUCUGGUGGCCCAGUUGUCUGCAUUCCAUAGGCUGGUAUGAACCCUCAUUCCUUGCUUGUUUGGAUAGGCAAUGCCUUCAUUUUCGUAGUUCCGGAAAACCCGGAUUGGCAGACUAUCAACAAACCACCUGUGAGAUAGGCAUAGAAUUAGAUAGGCAUGCAUGAUUCUUUGUCAUGGAACUGAGGAAAUGAAUAACUCUGCUCUGGUGGAAGAAUUUAUCAACUUACACAAUUUCUGUGGGAUUCCAGUGAAUGGUGUAAUUGUGGAAAUCAGCAGUUGGGUCAAACCAGAGGAAGAAUCGUUGCUCUCGGCUUCCUUUUCCUCGGGUGUAUAUGUUGGUAUUUACUAUGUAUGGUUGUCCUGUAGUGUUGCCUAAGAACUCAAAAUCUAUCUCAUCAUGCUGGCUUCCUGUUGAGGAUAACUGUAUGGGUUUUAAGUAAGAAUCAUUAGCACUUCAUUAGUUCAUUUACUGAUAGAAAUCUGAUAGAUUUGGUUUUUCUGAAGUACAUCUAAGUAUUGAUGAAUAAAAAAUGUAUGAUGAUGGUGUUUUAGAAUCCUUUUAGGUUCAGUGAACUUACAUAGAAGGCUGUAACUGUUCCUGCGGAAUUACCAGGUAUCAGCUUGAUCAGCAUUUCAGUACUCCCAAAUAAGAAGGAUCUCUUCGAUUGAGCUGCUGAUCCUGAAAUCCAAAGGCAAAAACACAUUUUUCUACUUAAGCUAAUAGGAGAUGAAUGCAUUUUAUUUUAAUUUAGUAA